UCCAGUUGUAAGCAAGGUGCGCUCCUAGUCACUCUACACUCGAGUGGGAAGUUCGCGCUGCGCAUCUCUCGCGUGCAGCCAGGUGCAUACAGUUGCCAAGGCUACAAGGUGCUAGCUUUCUCGUCUUCUCAUUUCGUUGCACAAAUCCAUCGUUAGGUUCCCAAGAUUAAGUUCUCAAUUUUCCUUAUCUUUUCCAAGGAAAAAGCGAUCUAUGACUGCACAAGGAGUUAUACCCACAGCCCCAGCAGUUUGUGACUAUCCGAUGUCUACUUUCCACUCUGGCGAUCCUCAAUAUCCAAAUGGCCAUUCAUAUGGCCCACCUGGACAGGUAACCCAUGGAGUGCAUCAAGUUCCAGGCCACCCAUUACCAAGUCAACCUGGAAGACCUACUACUCAGUGGAUGCCAGCACCCCCACCUCCUGCAGACUGCCCACCUGGAUUGGAAUACUUGGCCCAGAUUGACCAAAUUCUUAUUCAUCAGCAGGUGGAACUUCUCGAAGCUUUCACUGGUUUUGAAACAAACAACAAAUAUGAAAUUAAAAACAACAUGGGACAAAGAAUUUACUUUGCUGCAGAAGAAACUGAUUGUUGUACCCGGAGCUUCUGUGGUCCUGCCCGUUCCUUUAUCAUUAAGAUUAUUGACAAUAUAGGCACAGAGGUUAUAACUUUAACAAGGCCAUUCCGAUGUACCAGCUGUUUAUUUCCUUGCUGCUUACAGGAGUUGGAGGUUCAAGCCCCUCCUGGAACAGUAAUUGGCUACGUAAUCCAGAAAUGUCAUCCUGCUCUUCCAAAGUUCACCAUUCAGAAUGAAAAAAGAGAGGAUGUGCUGAAAAUUAUUGGGCCAUGGUUUGCUUGUAGCUGCUUUGGUGAUGUUAACUUUGAGGUAAAAUCUCUUGAUGAAACUUCUGUUGUUGGGAAAAUCACUAAGCAGUGGACUGGAUUUGUUAAAGAAGCAUUCACCGAUGCUGACAACUUUGGUAUCCAGUUUCCUCUUGAUCUUAGUGUAAAAAUAAAGGCUGUGAUGAUGGGUGCCUGCUUUUUGAUGAUGAUGAAGCAUAGCACAGCAGCGUGCAAACGAGAUUGUGCAGAAAAUAUAAAAAAGUGA